UGAAACACACCUUACAAUAUAACUGACUGAAUGGUAGCAACCCAUAUUCAUGAAGGCUGUAAUAUGGAAGCAGUAGUGCAAUGCUUAAGUCUCAGUGUUUCAAACAUUGCCGUGGCCAGCAUCAGGCGCUUCAACAAUGCUGAUAAAUGAUUGUUAUUUUCAGGUUGAAUUUAGAUCACCAUUAGACACCAGACUGUUUAACUGUGGCUACUCUUCCUGGAGUCCUUGCUUUUAAAUUUCAUACCUUUUCAAGACAUACACUGUAUAGCCACGGAUUUGCUCCAUGGUGCCGAUUCAUAAUCUGUCCUUAAUUGUUCGUAGUGCUAAUAAUAAAGUAAAAACUAAAUGAUACAGAAAUCAUGUAUUUAAAUGUAUUUGUGCUUUUAUUCAGUUUGACUAUCCACUUUGCCCAAGACAGCAAAGGUAUAAAAGUUGUAUAUUUAUAUUAUAUAUAGUAGGUCUGGUGCUACAUAAAGACUGUAGAAGUGUAAGGUGGAAUUUCAGUGUUCUACUUGUGCUGUGGGAUCCUAAUGUGUGACUGGAGAACACACUGUUGUGGCUUUCAUUUUAGUAGCAGUUACAGCUAAACAUAAAAAGAAGUUCAGUCCAUGCUGUAUGCCUUCCCAUUUAAAGUGGGAUGUUUCCACUGUGAAUAUGAUUUGAAUGCAAGGAUUUGAAUAAGGGCAGAUAUGUCCACUCACUAUUACUGCUGAGUCCAUCACUGGAGUGUGGUGCAGAGAUGUGCAAGACUGCAGGCAGCUGCCAGGGCUGUUUGCACUACGUGUUCGAUUAUGAAACACCCAAAACACUGGUUAUUCCAAACAUUCGUGUAGGAUGUGUCUUCAGGUUCACCCAGCUGCUGGUGGUACUGUAUGUGGUGGGGUAUGUGUGUGUGGUGCAGAAAGCCUACCAGGACACAGACUCUGUCAUCAGCACUGUCACCACCAAGGUGAAAGGAUUUGCCUUCACUAACACAUCUGACAUUGGCCCUCAUCUAUGGGAUGUGGCAGAAUAUGUAAUCCCUCCUCAGGGUGAUCAUUCAUUUUUUGUGCUAACAAACAUGGUUGUCACCCCUGAACAGACUCAGUCACGUUGUCCUGAGCUUCCAAACCCAUCAACUACUUGUGUGGAUGACUGUGACUGUAUUGAGGGACACAGUGAUCCUCGGGGCAAUGGUAUACAGACAGGACUGUGUGAGAACUAUUCCACCACUGUUAAGACCUGUGAAGUGCUCUCCUGGUGCCCUCAUGAAGUAGACACUAAGCUGCCUGAACGUGCACUAAUGUCUGCAGCAGAGAACUUCACUGUGUUGAUCAAAAACAGCAUAACAUACCCAAAGUUCAACGUUCACAGGAGAAACAUACUGCCUCACAUUAACUCCUCAUACCUGAAGAUGUGUGAAUUCAAUCGUACAUCAGACCCUGACUGCCCCAUAUUCCGGCUCAAACACAUUGUUGCAGAGGCUGGAGAGGACUUUCAAGACAUGGCUGUGAAGGGGGGCAUCCUUGGUAUUCUCAUUGACUGGAGCUGUGACCUGGACUGGUGGGCGAAGAAAUGUUUCCCCAAGUACAGCUUCCGCAGGCUGGACAACAAACAUCCAGUCAAUAAUGUGGCUCCUGGAUACAACUUCAGGUUUGCAAAAUACUACAAGAAACCAGAUGGAGAGGAAACCAGGAUGCUAAUCAAAGCAUUCGGGAUCCGCUUCAACGUCAUUGUAUUUGGAACUGGAGGAAAAUUUGCAAUUGUACCAACCAUCGUGAACCUGGGUGCAGCUUUGUCCUUCCUCAGUUUGCUGCCCGCCGUUGCAGACUGGUUUAUGUUAACAUGCAUGAAGAAAAGAGAUCUUUACAGUAAACAGAAAACAUCAUAUCUGGUUGAGGACACAGAAUCAAUGCCAAUGGGUACCACCUAUGGAACCAAGUAACACGGUGCAGUCAGCAAGGUUUUUCUGCUGAGGAAUUUUAACCCGUUAUAAAAACUGACAUGAAAAUACUAUUUGAAUCCUUUAAUAAAGUUGGUUAAAUGUGAAGAGUGACCAUGACAAAUGUUUAAGUACAUAAAUAGCAGAGGUGGAAGAAGUACUACUAUCUUGCAUUUAAGUGAAAUUGGCAACAUCAUCCAUCCAUUCUCUAUACACCACUUUAUCCUCAUUAGGGCCUCAGGGGGGCUGGAGU